GUGAGCCGCCCUCGCCGAUUUCCUCAGAGGAGCCGUCCAGAAAAUGCUCACACUCCAGGACGGGCAAGGCAGCAACACGCUCACCGCCGACGUGCCCUGCGCCUCGCCCUCCACGGAGACUGCGCUCUCCGACGACAACGACGCGCCCGAGAACCCCUACAAGCGACGGAAGGUCGAGUGGGCCAACAACGAGGACCUCUUCAUACUUUCGGCUGUGAGGACGCUCGGUACGCAGUGGCCCAAGAUCGCCAGCCAGCUCCACAACCGCACGCCCGACGCCGUCCGCAACCGGUGGCACCGGCUGCAAAAGGCACACGCCUUUGACGCUCCCGACAGCUGCCAGCAGCGGACUGACGCGGCCGAUGCGUUGCUGUGCGCGGCGGGCGCGCCGGCACCCGGCGGCAAGAUCAAGGGCGACUGCAUUAGAGGCUCCGACCACGGGAGGACCAUGUGGAGCUCGAGGGAGGACGAGAUCAUCGAGUCGGGCGUCAAGCAGUUCGGGUGCAAGUGGCGGCAGAUCGCAAAGCUGCUUGAAGGACGCUCCGACUCGAGUAUCCGCAAUCGCUGGAUGCGGAUUUUGAAGGAGCGUGAGGCGGCGGCCUUCAAGCCUCCCGCCCAACCGCACCGGGAGCCCCCCGCGCCCCUCUUCAAGAUCGCCGCGAGCGUGCCCAACGGGCAGCUGGUCCAGCUGCCCGUCGGACAGCCGCCAGUCGGGGUGCCAGUCGUACAGGUGCCAGUCGGACAGGCGCCAAUCGGACAGGCGCCAGUCGGACAGGCGACGAACGUGCACCCCGGCGGCUGGAUCCCGAUGCCUCCCCAGCAGAGCUUCGUCGGCAACCCCUCGGCGGUCUACCUGCCGAACGCCGUCACGAUGGCGGGGCCGAUGUGGUUCCGUCCGCCGCCGGCCAAGACUCCGCCGCCGGCUAAGCUGAUGCGGCAGUCCUCUGCGAGCGACGCCAACGUGCUUGCUGGCGUGAGGGCGGCGCCCGAGGCGGAGAGCUGCUAGCCAACCGCCGCUCUGCCCCACGACAGUUGUUUACUUUGCGGCGCCCGCGCCUCACGCGCCCUGAGAAGCGAAGAGCCUCUCGCCGCGUCCUUGUACUGUCCCCGCCGCAUGCGUGCUGGCCUGUGGCUCUAGGUAGAGAUGCAUGUGUGCUCCCGCAUACGCUGUUCACCUCCUGUCGGUUGCUCGCCGGUUCGCGCACUCAGUAUGUACUCGCGGUCUCUGCGGGGUUGUGCGCGCUCACCGGCGGCAGCGUGUGUUCAUAGUCGUCCCGUGUGGUACAGUAUUCGCGCGCCCGGCAGCUCCUGAGGCUGCUCGGGUGGCGCCUUGUUCACUCCGAACACCGAACACGUAUGUUCUAUUCCUCAAAAUACAAAAA